CUUAUUUAGCUGAGAGAGACAGUUACAAAACUCAAUACAAGAUCAUCAUGCUUCAAAUAAGUUUUCACAAAGUGUAUUAUUUGUCACCGUGGUGUUUAUAUUUGUUUUAAAGGAUUUUGAAUCACCAACAAUUGCCUGUUGGCUUGAAUUUACAACUCUUACAACGCUACCCAAAAGAAGUGUGUUGCUUUCCCUGAAAAACCUGAUGUCAUCUACUCGAGCGUAAAGAAACCAGUGGACUCCAGUUUCCCUGAAUGGUGUAAAUUAGCUCUGAAGGAAUGGACAACUCCAACAAAAAACCCCACUCAAGUCUUCUGAGAAGCUAUCAAGGGAACUAGAAAAAACAGCUUGACUUGCAAAAUCUCACCUGACCCAUGACUGAUUCUGCUAAUGCAACAUUGAUAUAAGACACCUUUGUGUAUCAGAUCCAAGGAUGUUUGUGUUGCUUUACAUUACAAGUUUUGCCAUCUACACAAGUGAACAACCUCUCCAAAGCCAGUUCAAAGGAGAAAAUUACUACACCAGAUACAUCUGUAGCAUCCCUGGUUUGCCAGGCCCUGCAGGUCCCCCCGGAGCCGGAGGAACCCCAGGGCCACAUGGACGCAUUGGUCUUCCAGGAAGAGAUGGCAGAGAUGGCAGGAAGGGAGAAAAAGGUGAAAAAGGGAGCACAGGUUUAAGAGGAAAGACUGGGCCAUUAGGACCAGCUGGAGAGAAAGGAGACCAAGGUCAGUCUGGUAAAAAAGGACCUGGAGGAUUGACGGGUGCCAAAGGUGAAGUAGGUGCAACUGGACCACCUGGACCUAAGGGAGAUAAAGGAGACCGAGGAGAGCCAGGUGCACCAGGGGUCUGUAAGUGUGGAAAGAUAGUACUGAAAUCUGCCUUUUCUGUUGGCAUCACCACCAGCUACCCAGAGGAAAGAUUACCAAUUGUGUUCAAUAAAGUCCUCUUCAAUGAGGGGGAGCAUUACAACCCUUCCACAGGGAAGUUUAUUUGUGCCAUCCCAGGGAUUUAUUAUUUUUCCUAUGAUAUCACGUUAGCAAACAAGCAUCUUGCGAUUGGGCUGGUUCACAAUGGGAAGUACCGGAUAAAGACAUUUGAUGCAAACACAGGCAACCACGAUGUAGCUUCUGGAUCCACAGUGAUCUACCUUCAGCCAGAAGAUGAAGUAUGGCUUGAGAUAUUUUACACUGAUCAAAACGGUCUCUUUUCUGAUCCAACGUGGGCAGACAGUUUGUUUUCUGGAUUUCUCUUAUACGUUGAUACAGAUUACCUUGAUGCUUUAUCAGAUGAUGAUGAGCUCUGAAGCAGAUGAUGUCAAAUGACAUUCAAACUGGACACCCCAGCACAGGAUUUUAGCUAGCUGUGUGGGGGACACAAAGUUGAAAAAAAAAUAAUCUGUGAGUUUAUUCUUGCUUUGAUAGGAACCAAAUCUGAGCUCAUAAGGAUCCUUCUAGAAUCUAAGCUGGAUUUUUUAAUGAACAGCAGGGAUAUCAAAAGGACUGUAAUUAAUGAAAGACUGCAUCACUCCAGGACUGACUCCUCCUGAAAGUUAUGUUUAUAAUACUAUUUAAACAAAUUUAAGAUACUGUACAUUGGAUUUUAUAUAAAAUAUAUUCUGUUGCAAUAUAGAAUGGAUAUUUUGUAUAUGACAUUAAAGUAAAAUUAAACA